GGGCUUCAAGAACUGGGAGCCGAGGCCUCAGUCUGAGGCAGGAUUCCCUAAGGUCAGAGCAGAGGAGGUGCAGGCAAGUGCCAGUGGUCGAGGGGAGGAGUCUGCUUCUGGGUCCCUGAGUCCUCCUCAGAGUCCUCCUCAGAGCUCGCUGAGUGCCUGCCCCUCCCCCACUGCCCUGGCAGCCACUGCAUGGGGCCAGCCUGACCAUGGCUCCAGCAGCCCAGAUGAGGAGGGGUCGAGCGGCUUGGAGGAGCCCGAGGAAGCCCAGCCCCUGCUCCAGGAUACACUCCAGCAGAAGGAGGCUGACCUGGUGGCGUUCCUGCUGCUCAAGUAUCGCACCCAGCAGCCCACCAGCCAGGCAGAGAUGCUGGAGGUGGUCGGCAACGACUACCAGGACGCCUUCCCCGUGAUCUUCGGCCAAGCGUCCGAGUGCAUGCGUCUGGUCUUUGGCGUGGAUGUGAAGGAGGUGGACCCCAGCGACCACUCCUACGUCCUGGUCACCGUCCUGGGCCUCACGUGCGGUGGGAUGCCGAGCGGUGAGCAGGGCAUGCCCAAGACCAGCCUCCUGGUGCUGCUUCUGGGGGUGAUCCUCCUGGAGGAUGACUGUGCCCCUGAGGAGGAGGUGUGGGAAACGCUGGGGGUCAUGGGAGUGUAUGCUGGCAGGGAGCACAUUAUCUAUGGGGAGCCCAGGGAGCUCCUCACCAAGGUCUGGGUGCAGGAAGGAUACCUGGAGCGCCAGCAGGUGCCCGGCAGCGACCCUGCCCUCUACGAGUUCCUGUGGGGUCCCAGGGCCUAUGCUGAAACCAGCAAGUUCCAAGUGCUGGAGUAUUUGCUCCGGGUCAAUAGCAGGUAGCCGAGUUCCUCCCUGGCCCUGUCUGAAGAGGCUGUGAGCGAUGAGGAAGAGGGGUCCUGAGCCCCAGGGGUGGCCAGGCCCUUUCCAGGCUUUGGUGGGGCCAGCAGCUUCUCCUGCAGGAUGCUGGGUGGGAAGUGAGGCUGCUUGCUGGUUCUUUCCUGUUAGUGUGUGUGUGUGUGUGUGUGUGUGUGUGUGAAGAGACAGCCCUGGGCGUUCUAAGGAGUGCAGGGCCAGGGAGGG